GCCUGGAAGCAGCUGGACUUCCUCCCUCUAGCCGCCUGUCUGGGUCAUCGCGUCUGUCCAUCGCUGGCCCCGUCCUCCGCCUAGCAGCUGUCUCUCCCCUCGCCUUUCGCCCCCCUGGGUGGCUGCCAUGGGCCGGAAGAGGAGGCUUAUCACCGACUCCUUCCCCAAAGUGAAGAGGAGGAAGGGCGGGCCGGGACCUGGCAAAGAGGAUGGGGCGCCCGAGCCAGGGCUGCGAGGGGAGGAGCCAUGUGAGGAGAUACUUGCAGCCCACUUGGACGAAACCCAUUUAGAGAUACUGAGGCAGUUUGACCUGAAUAGGCACUUCGGACCCUGCACAGGGAUCACUCGACUCCAGCGAUGGGAAAGAGCAGAGCAGCUGGGCCUAGAACCUCCCCAAGAGGUGCUCAAAGUGCUGUGGGCCCACCCUGAAGAUCCCCAAUACCAAUGCAGCCUCUGGCACCUGUACCCCAUCUAAGGAAUCAGUCUAGAAGUCAUGCCCAGUGCAUUCCUGCCGCUUUCCCAGGGGCCUUCUGAGUGGACAGGGGACCCUGCUGCUGUUUCUUCAAACAACCCUGUACUGGAGGGGGUGGAGGCUGGGAUGGCAAGGAUGUCCCAGAGCCUCAGGACUCCAGGUUGGGGGGGCUCCUCUGACUUGCCAGCAGCCAUAGUGACCUCUACCAGCAAGCAAACUCAACCAACCAGCUGAGGUUGGCUCAUCAGGAGUCCUUAUAAAGCCAGCAGGCAAUCUUCCUGUCGCCCAAGUAAAACUAGUCCCUGGACCUCUUGACAUCUGGCACAUCUAUCCCUGAAAGGAUGGUGUAGACCACAGAAGUUCUACAGGGCAAAGGGGGCUCCCCACUUGGUGCCUAAGAAGCGGAUCCUGGGCUGAGCCUGCCGGGUGGGUGGGGCUUCAAUGAGAUAUACUAAUAAAAUAUAACAGCUUUGGCA